GGAAAAAAUGGAAUGGAAAAAAUCACUCAACUAUAGGCAUGGACGGGCCCCGGUUCGAGCCGGGUCUGACCGGGAAUGGAAAAAAUCACUCAAAAAUCUGAUUUUUUUUCCAAACAAGAGAAAGAAUGAAAGUUUCUGGUUCAUCAUAUGAUAUAGUACUCGGCAAUAUAUAAGCACUGCCAUGAAUGUAAAGCUAAGCUAGGGGCGUGAACCAAGUGAUGAUUGUCCUUUUCUCUUCCAAUUACUACAUAAAUAUGAGCAUGCAUACCUUUAUUAACACUUCAUAUAUAAUAAUUGAUUUCUUCCUGUGGUUAGGGGGAUCUGCAGUCAACCCACUCUCGUGGGAGGUAAGGCUCAAAAUCCUGAUUGAUGCAGCUCGAGGUCUGGCAUUCCUCCAUACAUCAGAGAACAAAGUGAUUUAUAGAGAUUUCAUGGCCUCAAACAUUUUACUUGAUGGCUCAUAUAACGCAAAGAUAUCAGACUUCGGCUUAGCAAAGUUUGGACCUUCAGCCAGCCAAUCACAUGUCACCACUCGAGUUAUGGGAACACCCGGAUAUGCUGCCCCUGAGUCAAUUGUAUGUAAAAAGCGACGUGUGUGGUUUUGGUGGAGA